GCAGCCGCGGAUGGAUGCUGCGGGAAGGGGCUGCCAUUUGCUGCCCCUGCCAGCGGCGCGCGGACCUGCCCGCGCUCACGCCGCCUCCAGCGCCCUCAGUCCGACCGGCCUCUGCAGCGGCACCGCCUCGGCUUCUUUCGCGGCCGCCGGAGCGGUCGCCAUGAACCCCAGCUCCUCGGCGGGAGAGGAGAGAGGGGCGACGGGCGGCAGCAGCAGCAGCGGAAGCGGCGCCGGGAGCUGCUGCCUGGGUGCCGAGGGCGGCGCGGACCCGCGGGGUGCAGGGGCAGCGGCGGCGGCUGCCUUGGAGGAGCCCGCGGCCGCCGGACAGAAAGAGAAGGAAGAGGCGCUGGAGGAGAAGCUGAGGGACUUAACUUUCCGGAAGCAGGUCUCUUACAGGAAAGCUAUUUCCCGGACAGGCCUCCAGCAUCUGGCUCCCGCACAUCCUCUCGGUCUUCCCGUGGCAAAUGGUCCAGCAAAGGAGCCCAGAGCGACUCUGGACUGGAGCGAGAAUGCUGUGAACGGGGAGCACCUAUGGCUGGAGACCAACGUCUCGGGCGACCUCUGCUACCUGGGGGAGGAGAACUGCCAAGUCCGAUUUGCAAAAUCCGCUCUCAGGAGGAAGUGUGCUGUCUGCAAAAUCGUGGUCCACACAGCCUGCAUUGAGCAACUAGAGAAGAUUAAUUUCAGAUGUAAGCCAACAUUUCGGGAAGGAGGCUCCAGAUCGCCAAGAGAAAACUUUGUGCGGCACCACUGGGUCCACAGGAGGCGGCAGGAGGGCAAAUGUAAGCAGUGUGGUAAGGGCUUCCAGCAAAAGUUCUCCUUCCACAGUAAAGAGAUCGUGGCCAUCAGCUGUUCCUGGUGCAAGCAGGCGUUUCACAAUAAAGUGACGUGCUUCAUGCUGCAUCAUAUCGAGGAACCCUGCUCCCUUGGAGCUCACGCUGCUGUUAUUGUCCCGCCCACCUGGAUCAUUAAGGUGAAGAAACCUCAGAACUCCCUGAAGGCUUCCAAUCGGAAGAAGAAAAGAACAAGUUUUAAAAGGAAAGCCAGUAAAAGAGGAACUGAGCAGGAAACCAAAGGCCGUCCUUUUGUGAUCAAGCCCAUCUCCUCUCCUCUCAUGAAACCUUUGCUUGUCUUUGUCAACCCAAAGAGUGGGGGAAACCAGGGAACCAAAGUCCUACAGAUGUUUAUGUGGUACCUGAAUCCACGGCAAGUCUUUGAUCUUUCUCAGGAAGGGCCAAAAGAUGCGCUGGAGCUGUACAGGAAGGUACCAAAUCUGCGAAUUCUGGCCUGUGGUGGGGAUGGAACGGUGGGCUGGAUCCUCUCCGUCCUGGAUGAGCUGCAGCUGAGCCCACAGCCUCCUGUGGGGGUGCUUCCACUGGGGACCGGGAAUGACCUGGCUCGGACGCUCAACUGGGGAGGGGGUUACACCGAUGAGCCUGUUUCUAAGAUCCUGUGCCAGGUGGAAGAUGGGACCAUUGUACAGUUGGAUCGCUGGAACCUCCAUGUGGAGAGAAACCCAGACUUGCCGCCUGAAGAACUUGAAGAUGGCGUGUGUAAGCUUCCUCUGAAUGUCUUCAAUAACUACUUCAGCCUCGGAUUCGACGCUCAUGUCACGUUGGAGUUCCAUGAAUCCCGAGAAGCAAAUCCGGAGAAAUUCAAUAGUCGUUUCCGAAAUAAAAUGUUCUAUGCAGGGGCAGCCUUUUCUGAUUUUCUACAAAGAAGUUCUAGAGAUCUAUCCAAACACGUCAAAGUUGUCUGUGAUGGGACAGAUCUCACCCCAAAGAUCCAGGACCUGAAGUUCCAGUGUAUAGUAUUUUUAAAUAUUCCCAGAUAUUGUGCUGGCACAAUGCCUUGGGGAAACCCCGGAGACCAUCAUGACUUUGAACCCCAGCGUCAUGAUGAUGGCUACAUUGAAGUCAUUGGAUUCACUAUGGCCUCUUUGGCGGCCCUGCAAGUUGGGGGCCAUGGAGAAAGGCUGCACCAGUGUCGGGAAGUGAUGCUUCUGACGUACAAGUCCAUCCCCAUGCAAGUGGACGGGGAGCCAUGUAGGUUGGCACCUGCCAUGAUUCGGAUCUCCUUGAGGAAUCAGGCCAACAUGGUACAGAAGAGCAAACGGAGAACCUCCAUGCCUUUGCUCAACGAUCCCCAGUCUGUCCCAGAUCGCCUGAGGAUCCGUGUGAACAAAAUCAGUUUACAAGACUAUGAAGGACUCCACUAUGACAAAGAGAAACUCCGGGAAGCUUCCAUCCCUCUGGGUAUUCUAGUUGUUCGUGGAGACUGUGAUUUGGAGACUUGCCGUAUGUACAUUGACCGCCUACAGGAGGACUUGCAGUCAGUUUCUUCUGGGUCACAGAGAGUUCAUUACCAGGACCAAGAAACCUCCUUCCCCAGGGCGCUCUCAGCUCAGAGGCUAUCCCCACGGUGGUGCUUCCUAGAUGCAACUUCUGCUGACCGCUUUUAUCGAAUAGACAGAUCUCAGGAACAUUUGCACUUUGUGAUGGAGAUUUCUCAUGAUGAGAUUUUUAUUCUGGACCCAGAUAUGGUGGUGUCACAGCAGGCAGGGACACCUCCAGGAAUGCCUGACCUGGUGGUUGAACAGGCUUCUGGGCUGUCUGACUGGUGGAACCCUUCCCUGAGGAAACGUAUGCUGAGUGACAGUGGGAUGAUCACACCCCACUAUGAGGACUCAGAUCUGAAAGACUUCAGCCACUCCAGAGUGCUACAGUCACCAGUCUCUUCAGAAGAUCAUGCAAUUUUGCAGGCAGUCCUAACUGGUGACCUUAUGAAGCUCAUGGAAAGCUAUAAGAAUGGAGGGAGCUUACUAAUUCAGGGACCAGGGCACUGUUCGCUCCUUCACUACGCAGCUAAGACCGGCAAUGGGGAGAUUGUGAAGUACAUCCUUGACCACGGACCUGCAGAAUUACUGGAUAUGGCAGACAGUGAAACGGGCGAGACUGCACUGCACAAGGCCGCCUGCCAAAGGAACCGGGCUGUAUGCCAACUUCUGGUGGAUGCAGGAGCAUCUCUGAGACAGACAGACUCCAAGGGAAAGACACCCCAAGAACGAGCACAGCAGGCCGGGGACCCAGAUUUGGCUGCUUACCUAGAAAGUCGACAGAACUAUAAGAUCCUUGGCCAUGAGGACCUGGAAACUGCUGUUUGACUCUGGUAGACAGGCAAGAAGAACUUGAGCAAGCGUAUCACCUAUGCCCUCCCAGCCACUGGGCAGCUCCCCUGGAAGAAGCUAAUGGAAUCCAUAUCUGCCUCUCUCCUGCAAGGAUCUAUCUGAGGAUAUGCUACCAGAUUUUAAGGGCUACGGGGAUGUGCAACAGGACAUGAUAGCCCGUUGAGAAGGAGGCAGGCUGCCGGAGAUUUGUGGAGCACAUGUUCCACAAUAUUUGAUCCUUACUGCUUCUAGCAAGUAGCAUGAACUUCUGUGUUCACUCAUCUAAUUUAUUUUAAAGAUUCUGAGGAUUUUCACGUAAAUGGCACUGCUCCGUCCUCCCUCUAGGCAUUCAUCCUUCCCCUGUACCUCAUAAUUCUACUGUAAUCACCAUCGAUUUAGAAAAUAUGCUUUCGUCUCUUUAUUUUCAGUCUUCCAACCACAACAUUGUCUGAAGAUCUUUGAAACCUUCCCGGAUGUCUUACAGAAAUAUAUCUAUAAAACCACCUCCAUUUGCAGACUAAAUGUACCAAGACUAACUAGUGGCUUUGCAUGUCCCCUCCUCCAACCUGGUGUCAUCACAUAGGAGCUGGGAGGUGCCACAGGGCUAAUGCUAACUCGUGUGCUGUGUCUCUGGGGUACGGUGAGGUGGUGUGGGAGCUGUCUGAGCUUGAGGUACUUCAGAGAUGUUACCUAGAGGUAGCCCAGGCAGCUGGGCUGUUGGGGAGAGGAAGGACUGGUUCAGCUUGGGCUGUUUGUACAGCUCUGCACUGCCUGAGUGCAGCCAUCUUUGCCUUCUGCUACAGCAGAGAUGAGCCACGGAGUCAAUGAAGCCCCAUAACUAGUUUACAGAGCCGUGGGAUUCUAAGUGCUGUGUCAACGACAGGAUUGCACCUGUCCUGGACAGGGGAUCUAGGAAACGGAGCAAUCAAACGUUCAAUCCUAAUCUUCGUAAACCAAUAAGAGAAAGCAGUCUAAUUGACUGGGGAAAUUUAGCAAAAAUAGAAGUAGCAAUGUAUGUUACAAAAACAGCUUUUGGCAUUUUGGGCUGAGGCUAAUAACCACAGGCUCAUGGAUACAGUGGUGAAUGGGGGUUGAUGUGUGUUUUUCUAAGAGUUCAGUUUUCAUGACAUCAGGGAAGGCUUGAUCCAAGCACAAAGCCUCAUUUCACCAGUUCUACGGACAGACUCUCAGGAUGCCUGGCCCUUCCUGGUCUGUGCUUGACCUCUGACCUUUUGGGUUCUGAGAUCAUGACUGAUGACCACUUUUUCUGUGUAUUAAGGGAGUCUAUUGUGUUCCUUUUCCUACUUUAUUUUCUCCUGGCACAAAUUUCUUAAUAUAAGCCACUGUGGCAGCAAUGGUUUGUAGAAUUGUCACUUCUGUUCAUGUCUUGGAUUAGGUGGGACCUGAUAAGAAGGAAGAGAAAAGAUCCAACUUUCUGUCCAAAAUCUCCGUGACUCAGGGGGUAGGUUGCAAAUUCAAGUGGGGUGUGUAAUCUUUUCUUUCUGCUUUCUUCCAUCUUUCUCUUAACUACAUCGAAUGCUUCCUCUGCAUUUCUGCAUGUGAUCUUUACCCUCACAGUCCAGCGGGGACAGUUUACUCACCAGAAUCGCAUAUCAUCAUUUGAAAGGACAGCUGUGAGGUACCAUAUUAUGUGUAAGGAGGCUCUGAGUGGGUAGGAAUCCCAUUACUAGAGACUCCCGAUAGUCAUUUCAAGAUCAAACUUGGCAUCACAUCUAGCUGUGGGGAAAUGGGUUGGCUAAGAAUAAUGUGUUUCUAGGCAUCCAUCUCAGAACUGGAACUCUCUCUGGACUAGAUCAUUUCCAGGAGUUGAAGUCACUGGGUUUCUGUUGGGAGUUUUUCAGUUGUUGGAGCUGUCAAGGAAAUAUUGUGAUGACAAACAUAAUCCUUAGAAUGGACUGGAAUCUGGCUUUGAGUGGAACCUUCCACCCCCUAGAUUGAGCCAAGCAUUUGGCCAAGCAGUUGGUUACCCAGCUGGCCACUGCUGAGAUGCAGGGCUAUAUUUUCAUCAGCCACCAUCUCAUAUUUCUCUGAGAAGAUUUCAAAACAGCCCAGAGAAAAUUUAGGAUAGAGGUGGUUAUGGGCCAAUUCCAAUAACUCUAAGAUAAAUAAAUCCUUAGAAUGAAGGUAGAAGUUGUACUGACUACUGUAAGGGUCCCAAUGCUGUAGAAAUUUAUUCUCAACCCCCUAAAAAUAAUUUAGAUCGUGCAUAUCUGCUGAGGAGCAAUAUACUAUAUAUGAUCCAUGUCUGGAAAAUAUAGCACCUCUAAUACUGGGGAUGUCAAGGAAUUGUGAGCAAAGAAGCCACAGAUUUCGUGAUUUUAACAACUCUAAGUCUACCUCCUGUAGGAUGUUUGGUUUCAUUUUAGUUGCUUUGUCAUGUGCAAUAGACAGUUCUGAGCGUUAGAAAGAGCUAAAGCCACGUGGUCCAGGAGUGCCUGUCUCCACUUGGGUGUAUAAUAUCACAUGUAGUGAGCCAACAGGAGGUAUGGAAGAAAAUGGUACAGUCUUAGCCCCACAUACUUUAUCAGACACAAAAAUACAUACAUAUAAAAAAUAAUCUUUACACACCUGCUGGGGAUGCUCUGCAAGGGGUAGGCGGCCUAGCUGAUUCUCUGGUGUCUGGUCUCUUGAAUCUUUCCUGGAAUUCUUCUUUAAAUUAGGGCUGGUGAGAUCAUGAAAAAUGAAGUGUUAUUAGAAGAGAGCAUUGUAUAGUUGUAAAGGUGGUAAAUUUUGUGACCUUGUGUUACAUAGGCCAUGAACGAUUAGCCCAAUCCUUGACAGUUGCACAUUCGCCAACACAAGAGAGACAGGGGAGAAUUAGUUACCCUAGAAGGAUAAGCAGCAUGACUUGGAAUCUUGCCUUGAGAUUUCUGCUACCACCCUAGAGGUGAUGAUUGAAACCCAGUGGGAUUUCUGAAGCAGAAUUCAGCUGCAGCAAAAUGAGUAAGAUAUGGUAGAAGGCCCGUGCCCUGCUGCUUCCUGUUUUUCCAGAAGCUGCCCAGGUGCAUUGGUCUGGGUUCUGCAUGCUCAGCAGGUCAGUCCUUUCCCCUGGGACUUAGUAGAGACUCUUUUACGUAAUGGAUCUCUGAAAUGACAUGUAUUUGCCAGAAUCAUUAGGCUAUUCAUGUCUAAGAAAAUAAGGUAUAGCAAUUUCAUUUUACCAUAUUAGUUAUAUGAACACACCGUUUAGUUAUGAAAGUAGCACAUGCAUUUUAUGAAUGUUCUAACUCCAUGGGAAGUAUCCCAUGCAGCGUGAAGGAGUCCUCCGUGCUGGUAUCCCAUCUCAGUACCCAGCAAGAAACACUACCAACAUGGACAAACAUGCUUGUAUGUUAUGUCAGAUAUGCCUUGCUUAUAUACACAUAUCUGUACAUGCAACAUAUAUCCACUCAUACAUAAAUAGAAAUGUAUUUAUUUGUACACAUAUAUGGGCAUAUAUGCCAUACACACAUAUUGCAUAUGUUUAGAAAAGAAGACAUUUUUAAAGCAUGCAAAUCAUCUUUAUGUGUAUAGUUAACACACAUCAUAGGCAAUGACUGGUAAAGAAACAGGAUUUUCAGUUAAUUGUUAUUCCUCUAUUCCCAAGCUUACUUCUCUCCCUGUAUUGCUACAGUUGCACAUGGAUAUUGUCAGAGUCAUAAAGUCCAUAAUCAGUAAGUCUUCUGAUUAUUUAUAUGUUGCCUUCCAUAAUACAUGAAACCACCCUGAGCCCUGUGGCAUGUCCAUUCUAUUUUUAGAUCUCAAGGCAGUAAAGGAGAAUUUUUUUCUUCUAUGAUCUCCUCACUGCCUUAAAGCUGAGUUUAUAAACCUAGCACCCGGUCAACUUUCUAAUGUUCUUUAACUAGGGCAAGCUGUUGUUGAGGAUAAGGGGUAGUUACUUGGGUUUGGUCUGAGGUUGGAGCAGCUUGUCUUUCAGUAGAAGCUAAUUAAAUCAUUGAGCACAGCAUGGUGUUUUAUUCAGUUAUGCUCUUUAUAGGUAAAAAUAGAUCUUUGUUAAAAAUGGAUCACCAUAACCACCAACUAAGACUGCUAAUUGUUCUCUCCAACUAAAUUAUGUUCGUGUUAGGGAAAGAAAGACCAUGCAUUAAAUUAGCUAUCUGAACACACUGUAAUAUGUAUUUAGUAUAAACUCCCUCUGCCCACGUCUCAAAAAAAAUGCUGCCUUUGCAACUCUCGGUUCUUUUCAGGACUGAGCUCUGCAGUGAGCUGCUGAAAUGUCUUCCUCCAGUGUCUUCACUCAUGGCCUGGCCCCCAGGUCUCCGGCUGAGGCAGCAUUUCUGGCACCACCGCCUAUCACUUUGUUUCACAGCUGCCUAAAUCUUCCCCAAAUGUUAUGAUCACAAUAUAUCAAGAUAAAAUUUCCCUUUGGGGGCAAGUACCAGUGUUGUCCAAAGGGCAAGCACAUGCCUGCUGGCCCUGGCCGCCUUAUAGAAUUGUGACCAGUUGAUCCUUAGAAGCAGUCUGAGAUGCUUUAGUUUAUUUUUUUGUUCUAGUGACCUCAGAGGUCACAGUCAUAGACACUCCUUCCACAUCAGAUGGUGUAAGCAACAUGUGCUUUUAACAUCACACAGAGAACUGGAUUAUAUAUGGGUGAUACCCUGAGGGCAGCCUAUGGAUUUUAAGGCUGUUAAUGCAGCUUAACGAGAACCUUAAAAACAGAAAUAAGAAACGAACAACACUACACUGGACAAUCUGCUCAUGAAGAACAUUGAGAUUUAUUAUUCUGGUCCCAAAGAGGAAACAGAGAACAAUCCUAAAACUAUUAAAGCAAAUUCUUUAUAGUAGAACCUGAAUGUUGGAUGACGUGCUCCUCCAGGAAGUUCUGAUUGCAUAUAUAUUCAAUCAUGCUCAUCCAAUCAUGUUUUCAAAAACCUGUCUUAUUUGUAAGUUUUUUUAAAAAAAACAUUGCUUUCAAAAUAUUUAUCACUUAUUGUGAUUUUCAGUGAAUGAAGUAGGUAAACUACUUCUGCAGACAGAGACCAAAACUAAAAUAUAAAUAGUUUAAAUUCUAUAAGGGGUGUGUGUGUGUGUGUGUGUGUGUGUACUCUAGGGUACCUCAGGAUGUCCUGAAAGUUCACCAGAGUCGUUGUCAUGUUUGUUACUCAUGGUUUAGUUCUGUGCAAGCAAAGGUCAAAUAGGAAAGCAGUAGUAUUAUUUUGUAUUUCCAUUUCCUUGGAAUCCUGGUAAUGUUCUAAGAAAUAUCCUUGAAACUAAAGCUUUGAGAUGAAAGUUAGAAACUCUACUUAAGCAAAGGCUAAGAUUUAUUUAUCCCAGCCCUCAGGAGCUAAACCAGGAAUAAUAAGCAGAAUUUUCAGUGGGUUUUGAUUAAAUAUAAAGAAGAUGAAGUAUGAGUUGCCAAAUAGUGAAAUGGGCAUGCAUACAGAGUUACAAACUUUCAACAUCUGGAAGCACUUAGGUGGGGGUAUUUGGCCAUCUUUAGGCAUGUCACUAGUAGGGACUCAAGAUCCAAAGCCGCUGCAAUCACAUUGUUAUUUUUACAUCAUUUUGAAAAUAGCUUUGUCUGAUGGCAACAUUUGAUCUUUAUAAAUUCAUGAGAACCUUUAUUUCUUAAAAUCACUUUAUACACCAGGAAGUUUAAAACCUUGGAGGGGGCGGUCUUUAGUUCUCAUUUAAAACAACUUUAAAACUAAGUACAGAUUCAAGAACUCAGAAAAGGAGAACACAUAAGGAGAUAAAAAUUCAAAAUUCUUCUGGAAACAUUUUGGGUGUUGAUGAAUAUUUUUGGACAUUCUCAAGAAAAUCCUUAUUGGAAAUCUUACCAUUUUUCUGAUAUAAAAAAUUGCCAUUAUCUGAGAUUCUUAGAAUUAACUGUAACCUAAUCACAGAAGGAAAUUCUGCUCAGGGAUCUUUAGAAGCGAAGUAAAUGUACAUGAAAGGCACCAUGGGCAAUCCCUUGGCUUCUGGUACCAGCAUGGUAAUUGCGUGGGAGGAAAUUCAGAACAAAACAGUGAGAUAGGUUUUCUCUCUGCUUCCAUUGUUCCAGUACCUGGAGGCCAGUCGUUGGCUCCCGUUGGUAGUUGGAACCACUGGGACUCUCUUGUUUCUCAGCUCUUUGUUAAGACACACAUGUGGCUUACAAUAUGAAGUAAUUUGAACAAUUAAACUAUUGUUUAUUAACAACUCCCAUAAGUUUUUUUAAGUCAGUGUUUUGAUAGUUUGAUGCAUUUUUUAUAGUUCUGAGCUUUUAUAGCUGAUUUCAUUCCAUGCAGGGAAGGGCAUGUUAUUCCAAAUGAACAAACUGGGUCUCCGCAUAGUGAAUUCAACUUGCACAGAAUCAUACAGUCACAGGGUCCCCGCCAGAUUAGAGAGCUCUUGAAAUUUCAAACUAAUGUAUUCCAAAUUGAUGCUUUCUGGGAUAAUAAUUGUCCACCUUUGCCUUCAGUGGAGUUUUAGAUCUGUUGUUCAAAUUUCCAUGAUGCAAAGUUUCUCCAUGCAAAAGAAAUCCAUCAGCGAUGCCACAGCCAAGUUUAGUAGAACCAAGAGACAUCUUAAAUUUAGAAUUCCAGAGAUCUUGUUAUCCAGAGUCAUGCCAGCAUGAACAAAUUUCAAACACAAAAAGUGUUCAAGGUUUGGAUAUUGUGGUAGAUUUCAUGCAAAGAAGCUACUUCUGAGGUUUGAUGACUUCUCUAUUUUGUUUGAGACCUCUCUCUCUCUCUCUCUCUCUCUCUCUCUCUCUCUCUC